UCUUUCAUUAACAGCGCCCUCUAGAACUAAUUCGUACGGCCUUGAUUAUCUACACGAGUAAACUCGCUUCAUCAACAUGUGGUGUUGAAAAUUGUCUCAUGUUUCCAUGAUGUGAGAAAUAAAAACUGUAGAAAGCAAAAACAUACAAAGUUAACUUAGCUUUAAGGAACUUACCACAACUGUGUCGGUGUAACGUAUGUGCCGGAAAGAGGGAAAACAAUAAAUUUGAUAAUUAUUUUGUUGUGGUGUCUAGAGAGACUUUUACAAGUUUACUAUUGACCGAGGCGGUAUUUUUUUUCUCAGCUAAAACACGUGCGUUGCAUCUGUACUAUAUUAAACGUGCCACACGCCCUCAUCUAUGUACUGCAUAGUUCUACCAUUAUAGCUCCAUGGUUCUACAUCAUACAUUGUUUAAACUGCCAAUGAGAAAAAUUCAUGACAAUUUCAGCUUACUGGAAUAUUUCCUAUGUUAUAUAGCCGAAAUGGUGACAAAAAGGAGAUCGAUCUUCUACUGAUCACAGCAUUAUCUCGUCCAACUGCGUCGCUGACACUAGUGACAGAGGUCGGACACCGAACCCGUUCAUCAGCCGUCUACGCGCCGGGUGGCUAUGCUUCCCUGCACGCUCGUGGACAUAAUGUAUGGACUCCGUGCAUGGGUCGAUGAUCGGGGCUGAUUUCGACUGUAACCAUGGAGGAAGGAAUGGAGGCUCUAUCUAGGAAUGGAAUACGUAACUAACUGUAUAGCUGUUAUUCUGGAGAAACAGCCUCUCAUCUGCAGUGGAGCCAUCGCGAUUAGACACGCCACAACAUACACACAGAGUGCGGCAGCUGGACGCACACAUGUCCUGCGUCAGAAGCCGAGGUGCAGAAAAAAAUCACCGAUCCAGCUGCACCGUGCACUCAUGCUUUUUACGACCAUGACAUGAGAUGUUGGAAUGUUGGGUCCCUUGCAAUCGUCGGCGAGUGAUCUGUGCAACAGGGAGCGCGUGAUUCACCCAAACGGCUGGUGCGUUGUGUCACCGUUUAUCCCCUGCAUUUGCGCACCGCUGUUGAUAGCAUCCCGGGCUAUGAAUUUCUUGAGGGGCAAGUGACUUAGCUUCAUUGAUUGACAGGUGGAAAGUUCUUGGUGGUCAUCAUCUGAACAGAUUGAACACAGGUUGUAUGCGUCAUGGCGUGACUGGGUCAUCAUAAUAAUACGCCGUAUGAGUGGAAAGGUUCUCGCUGGUUGUGGAAACAGUUUGUCCAGGACCAGUGUGGGUAGGAAGCCUAUUUUGCAGGUCAGCUGAGCCUGUGAUGGAUACACCGCAUGCUCCUCUUUGAUCCUGCACUGCGCCAGAGUGACAUGGCGCUGUAUGCCUGGAUCAUAUAAGCACACAUGUUGAAUGCAUCAUGAGAACAGGUUGAGUGUACUUUGAGAGGGGGAAGCUUGUCUGUAUAGCUGAGGAGUGCCUUCCGAAUACCCACAUGGUAAAAGUUGACGAGGAUCACACAAGUCAGUUUUAUGUCUUCUGUCCCUAUCCGUGAGCCCCUGAAGUCGAGAUGGCCACUCGUCACAUCGUCGUGUGUUGUGGGGUUGUUCUGGUUCUUUGUGCCACCCUGCAAGUGACCAGUGAAGUACUGCAGCAAAGUAGCCGAUGCCUACAAAAUGUACCAGAGGUUUUCCCGAAGCAGCAGUUGUUUGUGGAGGGUAAGGCCCGACCGAUUCUCCUGGAUGGCCGGCCCGGUGUCAACCCCUCUUCUGACUUCACCAAUCACGUCGUUAGGACGCUUGCCAUGGAAGUCUUGGGCUAUGAGGAUGUUAGGAUCUUGAGCUCGGACGUUGACUUCCACAACUCCACGGUAGCAUUGCAGAGAGUCUCUGGGUGUGCUGAUUACAAUUGUCGUGCCGUGUUGAUGCCCAAUGAUGCCAGUCAUGCUACUAUCAACACGGAGGUGUGGCAGAACAACCUUCUAGAGAUGUCGCUGUGGUUGGACACUGGUACCAUCAAAGGCAACGGCUUCCUAGGCUUUACUGCAAGGUACGGCUGGUUCAUCUCCCAGACUUUGGUGGCCCAGAUGUGGGAGCAGCACCAGCUCAUUGCCGAUCACUGGAAGAGCCUGCACUCCCCGACGCUAAUCCAACAGCUCCUCAUCCCGAUGUCUGAACUACGAGGGCUUGUUGUCGUCAAACCCUCCACGGUCUCAUCUGGGAAGCCACAAGGCAAGGAGACCAGGUAUUACUGCGAGAGAGUGGGGUGCGUCCGGGGAAUGUACAUUCCUUCUGAUUGCCAGGGCAUGAAUGGCACCUCACAGACGGCGGAGUGUGCUACGCUUGUUGCUGGUUAUCCAGACACGUCAUUUGACAUGCUGAUUGGUCAGAUUGCCAGUCUCCGCCUCCCUGUCAUGGUGGCCUGGAUCGGUCCGGAGUAUGAGUCCUACGUCACCUCCCGUGCCCAGGCCUACCUUCCCACCCUCUUCCUGAGCUGGAGCCCCCACACCCUGACGUCUUCCGGCCUCUUCAACCGCGUCUCCUUCCCCACCUGCAUCGAGGGCAGCCACUCCGACUCAAACUCAGGCUGCGAUUUCCGCGCCUACCCUGUCAGCAAGCUGUCAUGGCUGCCGCUGGCUUACAGCUGCCCCGACUUGGACAGGAUGAUCACCGAGAUGAGCUUCAGCGACUUUGAGAUGCUGGCGAUCCUUGGGAGGUACUACCGGAAUGACGGUGACAUGCAGGAGUUUGCCUGCGACUGGCUGAAGAACAACCCCGCUGUUUGGAAUGAAUGGGUAGCAAACCAGUUAAACCCCAAGAAGAAGAUCUAUCUCGGUGGUCUGUUUCCGGACCACAUACCAGCCUUCAGUGGCAUCGGGAUCGGAGCCAAGCUAGCCGUUGAUGCAGUGAAUUCCGACAGUGAUGUCUUAACGUCGCACGAGCUUGAGCUGGUAGUGGAUGGCUCAGAUGGUAGCGACGCUGUGGCGUCAUACCUCAGGCUUCAAGACGAUAAGACCAAACCAAUCACAGGUGUGAUUGGUCCGAUGCAGUCAGAGGACAGUAAAAUCGUCGCAUCCAUUGCAGCCCUCUUCAAGACAGUCUUGAUAAGCUACGGUGCCGAUUCACCUGUUCUGUCCAAUCAGAAUCUGUACCCCUACUUCGCCCGUAUGAUACCCAGUGCAGCAGAAGAUGCCUAUGCCUUGGCCAAAUUAUUCCAACACUACAACUGGAAGCGAUACGCCACGUUAUCAGACAGCGAAGUCUCCAGCCUGGAAGUGAUUAUAGCCACCGAGACCAUCCUAGAGGAGCAAGGAAUCAGUCUGGUCUCCUCGCAAAGUUUCUCCAACCCUUUGCCCCUCAAUCCAGCCCUCUUCUUUGAGGACAUCAAGAAGCAGCGAACCAGUCUCAUCAUUGGAUUGUUUUCAGACGCGGCGGCCAGAGUGCUGCUGUGUGAAGCAUUCAAACAGGAUGUGACGGGAUACGAUGGGUACCAGUGGUUUCUGCCAUCACUCUAUCCAGACCACUGGUGGGACACCGACUUUUACAACAGUGAUCAGCAGGAAUGGCCCGAGUCGGUGCCCUGCAGAACCCACGAGAUGGCCCUCGCCGUGGCUGGUUACAUGAGUCUGUCGCGAAUGCACGUUGCUCGGGGUGGAGAACGCAUUAUUGGCGGGGAUACAGCUGCCCAGUGGCAGGCCAAAUACCAGAUGAUGGUGGAUCAGCAGGGUAAACAGGCUUCAGACUUUGCAGCCUAUGCGUAUGAUGCGGUGUGGGCCUUCGCGUCGGCAUAUGAGACUCUGCUACAGGAAAGCCCAGGUGCACUCAGUGUGUCCAGACAGAACAGGGACACAUCAUCUUUUAUGGUUCAUCUUUCUAAAACCCAAUUCCACGGCAUGACCGGAAAGGUUGUCUUCACUGGCUCGGAUCGUCAGGGGCCGGUUCAGAUCUCACAACAUCUACCCCAGGGGCCAAAGGUCACUGUGCCUGUAGGUUUGUACAUUCCUUACGUGGCCAACUCCAGCGAAUGGACAGGAACGUUACAAUGGAACACCAGCGACAUCGUUUGGUUGAAUGAUGGCAAGAUUCCAGAUGAUGGCACUAUUGAUGAAGCUGAGUGUGCUGUGGAGAGUUUCCGUGCCUUUCUAGGCGUGGACUGCCAGUCAGCUAUGGCCAUCCUCAAUGCCUUCCUCAUUAUUGUUGUCUUCAUCAUCCUCAUCAUCUUUGUGGUUUUGGUGAAGAAAGCGUAUGACCGUAAAGUCAAGAAAGCCGAGGAGAGAGUCAAAGACCUGGGCAUCAUUGCCUUAGGCCAGAGCACCCUACUGUCACUGGACAAGUGGGAGAUACUGCGCGAGAACGUCAUUCUGAAUCGUAAGCUUGGAGAGGGGGCCUUUGGGACGGUUUACGGGGGCGAAGCGAUGCUGAAUGGGAGCCAGUGGGUCGGAGUGGCGGUCAAGACGUUGAAAGUGGAGUCUACCAUUGAAGAAAAGCUUGAUUUCUUGAGCGAGGCAGAAAUGAUGAAGAGAUUUGAUCAUAAAAACAUCGUCCAGCUAUUAGGAGUGUGCACUCGCAGGGAGCCCAUAUACACCAUCAUGGAUUUCAUGUUGCAUGGUGACUUGAAGACGUUCCUCUUGGCUCGCCGCCAUCUUGUCAAUCAACCCCACGUCGACGAUUCGUCCGUGUCACCUGAGCGGCUGACCUCUAUGGUACUGGACGUUGCCAUGGGCGUUGGCUACUUGGCUGCUAAUAAAUAUGUCCACAGGGACCUUGCGUGUCGUAACUGCCUGGUAGAUUGUUCUUACACCGUCAAGAUAGCGGACUUUGGCAUGACAAGAGCCACUUACGACUCCAACUAUUACCGCCUCAACAGAGAAGGUAAGAUGCCCGUUCGGUGGAUGGCGCCCGAGAGUGUAAACGAGGGAAUCUUCACGACAAAGAGCGAUGUCUGGAGCCUGGGCAUCGUCAUCUAUGAAGUGGUCACUUUUGGCGGAUUUCCUUACAAGGAGUUCAGCAACGCCGACGUCUUGGACUACAUCCGGAAUAACAACACCAUGAGACCACCGGCCGACUGCAGCCCUCCUCUAGCGGCUCUGAUGCAGCGCUGUUGGUCCAUUGAGCCCGAGGAACGACCGACGGCUAAUGACAUCGUUGAGAUUCUCAGUGCCCACCGAGAUCUGAUCCAUCCAUCCAUCAACGAGCCCAUCACAAGCAUCCUAGACGAAGACCCAGGCCAGGCGCUGGCCACGCCAAAAGGGACCAGAGGUGACAGCAUCCGAAGCGACAGCAUUGGAGUGGACUUUGACACACCCAAUCUCUCCCGGACGGAUCAGGUGGCCAGCCUGGGCCGGAGAUUACGUGCCUCGUUUGCCCGCAACCUCUCCUGGAACCGCCGGCGCUCACACACGCUGCACAACAUGGAGAUGUCUGGUCCGGAGAGACGGCAGAUGUCUUGCCCCGGACUUGAGAGCUCCACCCAGGAACUGGUUCCCUCCACCUUGUCGGUGAUCACCUGUACCACGAGGAGCUCCUUGACCUCACUUGACCAGUCCAUGAGGACCAGCUUCAGAAGUACCUCGGCUCAAAGAGACUCUAGCUCCUCCAGCGGUGUGGACUGCAACAUCGCCGACAGCGUUUCUGUCGAGAUACCCGGACGGAAAUUUUCUCUACGGAGGUCGGCAACCGAUUCGGACAUUUUGGAUCCAACAGACAGUAAGACUUCUAAAAAGAGGGUCCCUUGUAGGCAAUCUAGAUGCCAAGACUUGAUGUUGCCAUGCGGCGUUGCCAUCCAGAUAGGAGACGAGAUGCAUCUGUUGCCAUGUCAACAGAAAGCCCGACAGACUAAAAGGUCACGGAGCAGGUCACUAGGCAACCUGCGAUCGCCAUGCACUCCAAGAAAGUUGUUCAAGGGAAGCUGUUUGGAUUCGGGGGCUGAUGUAACUUCAUCUGUUUGAAGAACAGAUCCCUAAUAAGACGUUAAUGGAAAUGAUCUUCAAGUGAAAUCCUUAUAAGAAUCGUUACUCAAAGGUUUAAUUGUGCCUUUCAAAAGCGUGACCACUGGACCUGUAAGAACUAGUGAACUACUGUGUAUUAAGACUUCUUUUUUUACAGUAUCUAGCGGCCUUUGCAUAAGCAAGGUACACUGCAGUGUCUUUGAUGUAAUUCACAUUGGUCGUCUUAAAUUUAAGUUGUCUAGAAUUUAAAUAAAUGUGUUGUUGAAUUGUAUUCUCAUCUAUGCAAAAUUCUAACGUCUUCCAGUUUUGUACUU